AUGGAGGGAGUACUGGGGGUUUACCUGGAAGAAGAGUGUGGGAACAGCAAGUGCGAAGGCUCUGAGGAGGGAACGUGUCUGGGCUCCUUGGGGAACCCGUUCUGUGCAGAGGAAACGUUCAGGUGCGUGUCUGAACUCUCAGCAGCAGAUGGUGACACAACGGUGACCUCCUGUGUUGUCAUUGCAGGUGACUCAGACGCCCCUCCUGGGACAGUACAGAGCGGCAGAGGUGUGCCGAGCAAGAGCCAGUUUAGGAGCAUUGCACCCAAGAUUCUGCCCAAAGUCCUGACCUCCAGGGUGCUGCCAUGUCAUUCCCCGUCACUCUCUGACCACCCUCAUCCGGGGCCCUCCGUCAGCUCCCAGCCACUGGUGAUGCCCUCCCAGAACUAUGCCCUGAUGCAGGUCGCUGGCCAGGAGGGGACGUUUUCCCUUGUCGCUUUGCCCCCUGUCACCUCAGCGCAGCCGGGCCAGAAACCCAGAAUGCCCCUGCCUGAAAACCUUAAACUGCCUAUUCCUCGGUACCAGCCCCCGAGAAAGGACAAGGCAUUGAGACAGAAGUCCAGCCCGAGCUCCCUGGAGAGAAGCUACAGCAAACCUCCCACCCAAAGCCAGCCGUGCCCUCGGAUGCCCUGUCCCCCAGCCAGCCAGCCGGAACUCCCCCACAACGCCCCAGCCCCUGAGCCGGCGCUGUCACGAGAGGAAGCCCCGGCUGCGGUGCCUGGUGGAGGUGGCCCCCGUGCCUCGGGCCCUCCGCUGAUGCCCAGCCGUGGAGCUGUGAACACUGCAGGCACCCUGCGCCCGUCUGCCCCCCGGGAGCCCACAGUGGAGCAGGCCUGCACGAGGAUUUCAGGGAUGGCAAACUGGACGAGCAAGAAGACCCGCGGUAAACCUCCCGCGGCCCAUUUGGCGAAAGCCAUGACCAGUUUGUCCCCGGCAGCUGUGGGCGGUGCAGUUCCGGUGAGCUCCUCGGUCGCCAGCGGUGAGCUGCCCAUCUCACCCUACUCAAGAGUGAACACAACAGAGGUUUGCAAAAUUGAGCACACUGCAGAUUUGUCUUUACCUGGGCACAGGGCCGACUCCUCCAUCCCAGAAGGCUUUAAAGUAGCCACCAAAAUGGCUGACAAGACCCCUGUGCCACAGGUGUCGAGGCAAAGCCCCAGUGAAAGCGCCUUCUGUCCAGCCCCCAAGCUAGACCCCAGCCACAAAGCAAAACUGAGCGGCGGGGCAGCCAGGAGGAGAGCGAGGAAACGCAAGCUGCCCGAUGAGAUCUUGACGUUUCAGGGGAAACGGAGGAGAUGCGUCAUUAAUAAGUGUAGAAACGGUAAAGAAAGAGUAAAAACCGAUCUCCAAGAAUCCACAGAGCAAAGACCUGUGAAAAAGUACCGCAGCAUCAUGCCCAAGCCCAUCCUUGUCAUGCCAGCACUGGCCGCCCCGGCUUCUCCUGCAGCCACGCUCCAGUCCCCAACUCCCGGCGGCCAGGGGCAGGACGCGGCGGGAAGUCACCCGCACAAUUCUGAAGCCCUCGGCGGUGAGCGGAGUGACAGUCCUUCCACUAAGCGCAGCUCUGCCUUCAAGAACGGAUGUGCUGGCCUGAGGAAGCCUCGGCACAGGUGUCAGGUCUGCAGCCACCACUUCCAGUUCAAGCAGCACCUCCAAGAGCACAUGGACACACACACUAACAGACAGCCUUACAGCUGUCGUGUCUGCCACAAGACCUACGUCCGUCCUGGCAGCCUGAGCACACACAUGAAGCUUCACCAUGGCGAGAGCCGUCCCCGGAGACUCGUCUGCUGUGAGUUUUGCGCCAAAGUGUUCGGUCACGUCAGGGUCUAUUUUGGCCAUCUGAAAGAAGUGCACAGGGUCGCGAUCAGCACCGAGCCCUCUCCCAGCGAACCGCAGCCAGGCGACAUGCCAAAGACCAGAGACCCUAGGGUGCGAGGGACCGAGGGCCCAGCGCAGAGGGAAAACAAAUCAAGCCUGGAAGAAGACCCCUUUCUAAACCAAGUGGACGAAGUCAAAUUACAAAUCAGAUGUGGCCGUUGUCAGAUCACUACCCAGUCGUUUGCAGAAAUAAAGUUUCAUUUGCUGUAUGUUCACGGAGAGGAAAUUCAGGGCCGAUUACAGGAAGAGAUUUUACCAGGCAGCAAAGGAGCUCAGGAAGAACUGGUUAAACAUGUUACUCCUUACCAGAAACAGUAUCCCGAGAGAAGAAAGCUAGUUAAGCAUUGUUCCUCUGAGGAGGACUUAACCGCGUUUCCUAAGUUGAAAAGGCAACUCCGCCUUCAUCAACAGACUAACAUGCAGAUACAAAUGAAAAAUGGAGAAGCCCAGCCGGGAGCGAGUGCGCCGGGAGAAGGCCCCCAGGGCCCUACCCAUCCCACUCCUGACACCAUCGUCUUUUGCUCCCAUUUGGGCUUCAACUGCCUCCUCUGCGCACAGACCCUGGGAAGGAGAGAGGAACUCCUGCUGCACUGGGGGCAGCAGCAUAAUUGUGAAGACCCUUCCAAGCUCUGGACAAUUCUAAAUGCAUUCUCCCUCCGGGGGGCAACUGAGUCUUCCAGUGAAAUUGAAAAAUGAAACAGUGUAGACAGAGGGGGGUUAAGGAAGGCCUUACACGCACCUUUCUCCGAAAGCUUGUGUUUUGUUCGUGGUACUUAAUUAUCAAACCAAGCAAGUUCGGCUCAGCAUUAAUGAACAGAAGUGACUUUGUACAUAGUUUUAUUUUCUUAUAAAAUCCAUGCCCUUGGUGGAUCUUUUUCAGCCAUAUGCAGACUUUACUUUAAAAUUCUGUGUACCAACCCUCAGUGUCUUAGCCUUCCUUUCAGAAUAAAUGAAAAGUACCAGAUUUGGAGACUGAAACUUGGAGGUUUAUAGGCUGUUCUUCAAAUACAGUUUUCAGUGAAAACACGGGUACGCGUCCUUCUGUUCAUACGCUUUCCGCUUACUAGGCUGACCAACGUUCCCACGUGGCAAAACUAUCUUAGUCUCAAACAGUAUCAAGUUGGAUGGUAAAUGUUGAUAUUUAUUAAAUUCUCUGGUGUAUUUGAAUAUGCUCUACAGCAGUAUAUUUAAUAAGGUUGUCAUCUAUCAUAAUUGAAAAUCCGUGUUUUCAGGUCUUAGUUUUUUGUUUUGUUUUUUUUAAUUCUGCUAUUUUCUUAAACGCACAUUGCCUUGAAGAUUAGUUGUUGGCAAGUCUUAUAGCUGGAGUGUUCCACAUCAAAGCAAUCAAAAUUUUUAUAGUACUUCAGCUAAAAAAAAAAAAAAAGAAAGAAAA